AAUUAUCUAUCACUGUCAUUUACUAUAUUUCUAGUGUUUGUUUGAGGUUAGAACUUGCAUUAUAUUUCGUAAUGGGGGACUCCUUCAAGCCCAAGAUCAAUCAGGAGGCUAAAGACCCUCUCCUUAAGAAGGCCGAGCUGGAGUACAUGAAGAUUAUCGAGCAGAAGAACCGCGAACGCGUUCAGAAACUUCAAGCCAUCGCUAAGAAAAAUAGGAUCACGGGAUUCGCUAUUGGUGCCGGAGUGUUCAGCAUUUACCUGUAUUCUAUAUUCGCGGUGAAGCAGGAGACCUUCCUCGACGAUUUUAACGAGCCAGCGAAGAUACAGCAAUAAUGGCCGCGGCUAAAGUGGCUCAAAUAAGGUUGCCUCCUCUUCCAAGCAUAAAAGAUGUUAUUCGUUUGUACAAACUUCGUGCUCUUAAGGAGUUAUCUCAAAAUUUUCUUAUGGAGCCGCGCAUGAUAGAUAAAAUAGUGCGCGCGGCAGG